AUGGCCAGUUAUCUUGAUGUGGUCAGCGGAGAGAUUGCCAGUAUCAAGCAUAUGCUUGCAAGUCUCCCGUUUGACCGAACCGAGGGUCUUUCACACACCAAAUCCCCAUAUUUUCUAGACGUGUAUCGAGUACAUCGACCGGAAAUGCUGGCGUUAAACGAGGACAAUGGGGUAUUCCCACUUGAUGCUAGCAAGCUUCUCAAGCUUGGAAUAUCGUUGGGGAACUUGCUCAAGUCCCUUCAACAAGACGAGGAACAAUAUCUCGAACAACAAAAGAAACAACAACAAUUCAACAAGAGUUUAGGAGGAGCUUUAAUUCAACCAGGUUCACAUUCAGGCUUGUUCCAGCCAGCCAAAUCUGCCCUGUACAGCGACCAGCUGGGUUCACCAUACGCUCCUUCAAACGACCGUAGAAUUUCCGCUAGUAGUGGGACUAAUGGAGGAGCUUCAUUCCAAAUCCCUCCUCCUCCAUAUCAAACUAGAUUUGUUCAAAAUCUACUGAAAAUCCUUAAAAACUAUGACAUUGGUACUGCCACAACCUAUUCCAAUACCCCAAACUUCAAUUCUAAUUCCAACAAUACUAAUAAUAAUAACAUUCUUCAACAAACCCCAUCUAAUUUAAAUCUGCAAUCCCUGCAAUCUCUGCAACCAGUGGCACUGAGUGGGAGUUCAACUUCAACUUUGAGUCAACAAAUGCAAGGAUCCCCCAUCAAACUUUCUUCCAAACAACUUCUUAUUGAAAAAUUGGAAAUUAAUAUUCAACUUGAUAAUUUAUUCACAUACAAAAUCUUACUUAAAUUGGUUCAACAAAUCUAUGAGAUUAUAGAAUUACAAUUAGAAGUUUCUGGAGGUGGAGGGGUUUUGAAUGGAACCGUGCAAAAGGACGUUUCUUCUUCAUCAUCCAUUUUCUCCACUGCGUCAUAUAGUUCAUCUGAUUCAUCUAUGACAAAUGAUGAAUAUCUUCAAUUACUUCGACUGAUUGUCAAUCGAAUAUCUACCGGGAUUAUCGAACCAUUUAUCCAGGUCAUAGUCACUCAGAUAGCUGAAAGAGGAGUCAUAGAGAGGUUUGGAGAACUUCUCAAGAGUUUAGAUUGA